UGUACUAUCACUCUACAGGUAGCCCACAUGACCAACCAAGACAUCGAGAAGACAGGAGUUGAAGACUACCUGGGCAUAACGACAAGGGAGACGGCCAAGCAGAAAGUGCCACUUCCCAGCUCUGCCAUGCAGAGGGCUCUGUGCUCAAAGCCUCAGCACUUCCAGGUUCGAGUGAGAGUGUUUGAAGGCCGACAGCUCGUGGGCAACAACAUCAAGCCAGUGGUGAAGCUGUCCAUCGGAGGCCAGCAGCAGCAGACCCGGAUCAAGAUGGGAAACAACCCUUUCUUCAAUGAGAAUUUUCACGAGAUUCCUGCGAAGUUCUUCGAUGAAAUCAUCUUAAUCCAG